UCACUCCGUAACGUGAACGGAACGCGGAUAGUGGAAACAUGUCUGCCGUUUGUGUUAUUUGACGUAAAUAUUGACGAAAAUCAAGUUUCUGUUUUCAUAUGCGUAGUGAUUAUCGGUGCUAUUUCAUUUUUAUAAUGUGUGUGGAUGUGCAGUGAUCCGUUCAUAUGAGGCUGCUAUACAAAACAGGUCCAAUGGAGUCACUAAGAAAGUGGUUCUAUAAACCGAAGAGGGACGACCGGUCGCUUCUGGCGCAGUUCUUCUUCGCCGACGACGCUCUCAAUAUGGUCGCGGCUGAGUUGGACUCGUUUGACGGCCGGAAAGACCCGGAGAGGUGUUCCACGCUCGUCAACCAGCUAAGACAUGCACAGGACAGAGUACUGAACAUCACAAGUCAGAUAAUGGACCAGUUGCUGGGUGACGAGCGGGUGGCACGAGGCUUCCGAGUCAAGUUCCCAGAAGACGUCCUGCAAGACAACCUGGCUGGACAGCUUUGGUUUGGAGCUGAGUGCCUAGCCGCGGGCUCCUCGAUAAUGAAUCGCGAGGAGGAAUCGGCGGCCAUGCGUCCGUUGGCAAAGGCGCUCACUCGAAGCUUGGAGACUGUUCGAUCUCUGCUGCGAGAGCAGUGCCUCAGGCCUCGAGGCAUGGCACUGUCGCAACAUGACGAUAUGCUGCACGAGAGCCUUAGGAUAUUUGACAGGUUGUUCGCGGAGUUCGAACUAUGCUACGUCAGCGCUAUGGUGAAUGUUAAGACACCGCACGAGUUUGAAGCGCAACAACUCAUCUGCGUUCUGUUCUCCGAGAGCUUGAGGCGGGCGCUCAAACAGAACUUGCUCACUCAAGAACAGGUGGAUUCAUACGACCCUGCCCUUAUGUUCGCCGUGCCGAGGCUGGCUAUAGUCAGCGGAUUGCUGAUAUACUCCAGCGGACCACUUAGCAUUGAUAAAUCACCAGAGGAGAUGUCGGACAUGUUCCGUCCGUUCCGCACGCUGCUGCACAAGAUCCGGUCGCUGCUGUGGACGCUGGACCGCCGCGAGCUGCUCGCGCUCGAGCGGCUGCUCUGCACCAACGAGGACAUCUCCAACCUGGCCGCGUUAGACCUGCCCAACGACCCUGAAUCGUCAAACGACUGGUCAUGUCCCUACCCAGACUUGGGAGAGUUUGUGUCGAGAUUCUACGCCGACCACGCUAACUGCCGCGACUUAUACUCGCAUCAAAGCUCAACAGAACCGAUAAUAACGGACGGCGACUAUCUGCCCGACAAUAUAGAAGUGAUGACUCCCAUCAUCGACGGCUUACGUCGUCUCAGCGAGGGCACCGACCCCGCCGACCAUCUCUCCGAACACGACACCAACAAGACCUCGCGACACUACUCCGAUACAACCAGCACUGACACAUUCCAAACUACAGACAGCAGAGAAUACAUCGAUAGAACAAGAAAAACCAGCAAAGCCGAAAGCAGCGACCUCUCUUCUCUAAGAAACUUGUCCACAAACGGCCUAAUGAUGUUCGAUCCUUUAGUCAUUAACGCCGUCUCUGCUUCCACUAGUGAUACUAACAGACAGUUGCCCGAUCACGAUCUAGUGACGUCAUUAAACGAACAAGUCACAGAAAUCGCUGAUCGAUUGUCCUCGAUAGCUGCUAGUGAUGUCGAUAUUAUCGAUCAUAAUCACUCGUUUUCGACUAAUGAUGUCCCUACACUCAUAUCGACUGAUGAUUCGGGGGCGUACGGAUUUUCUGGACCAAGGAAUGAGCAGUUAAGCUGUUUGCCUUCAACGAGUCACGGGUAUUUGAUACCGAAUGCUAUCAGUCACGAACCAGCGGUACUGUCCUCUCUAUCACAUAAUAACUCUGCGGUUUUUAACCAAGAAGAUGAAUCCGGCAGCGAACUUAACGGUGCAAUGCUAAACUCUGAUCUCCCGCUCAUUAUCCCUGACAAUAUUGACGCGGACAUUGUAAAUACUAAUAUAUCGAUAGCUAACGCUAAUUUAAGUUCUCUGCUACUAACCAAUGAGGAGUAUAAUACUUUAGAAAGCGAAGCGGCUGAUGAUGAUAAUACAAGUUUCCAUUCAGCUAAGAGGACGUUAGACGCUGAGGAUGAAAGAGUUAAGUUUAUGUUAGGUUACGAGAGCGACCACGAGUCCCCGGUCGACUCGGGCGUCAGUACUGAGAACACUAGUUUAGAUAGAUCGCCCGACACCGACCAGAGUAAAGAUAUCAAAGACAAUCAUUUCAUGCAACAAAACAGGGUACUAAAAAGUCCGGAUGCUGAGGCGGAUGACGACAAACACACCAAAAACACGCUAGAGAGUUCCUUUUCCGAUGUAAAUAAUGACGUUACUGUAAAUAUUAAUUAUGUGGAAGACGAGAGCAGUAAGAACGAAGCUGGGGCGUCUUCAUCUAUAAUGGAUAAGGUUAUCAAUAGGUUAAGUUCUGACGAGGAAGGGUUGAAUGAGGCGACUAAUGUAAAUAGCGAGGCAAGAAGAGUUCUCCAUGAUUGGGGUGCAAACGCUACUGAAGAAGAAUAUAGAACGAUCGAUGAAGUGAUUACAGAGUUGAGAAGGCAUAGAGAGUCUGAUAAGAAGAUUAGUUCGCUAGUUGACGAAGACAAUAAUGUUAGUUCUAACGCCGAUGUUGGCCCGUCCCAAUGUAGCAGCCGGCCCAAGAAGAGUCGGAAGGCUAAUACUAAGAUUAAGAAGAAAAAGAGUAAGAUAUGGUCGCGUGGUAUGGUGAUAUUAGAUAACCGCUCGACGCAGAACGAAAAUAGCCCUUUGAGAUUGAAUUUGGAUCAUUUUGUUGAUGAGAGUGGUACAUCUUGCGGUGCGUCAGAAUGCGCGGACGACGAACAAAUAGCUCUCGCUUUACAAGCGCAGGAACUCGCCGCCAGACAACAUGCAAGAGGGAAGUUCAAAUCAAGUGAAGACCUAAUCCACCGUCUCUUCGUGUGCAUAGCGGGAGUCGCGGACCAGUUACAGACAAAUUUCGCGGCCGACUUACGAAACAUACUGAAGUCUGUCUUCCUGAUGAACCAGUCGCCCGACCCGCCUGAGCCGGUGGACGAGAAGCCGCCGGCUAUAGAGUAUGAGGCUACUGAGGACCAGGUCAUACAGAAUGGCAGCUCAUUCGACAGCGUGUAUUCAGCAGAAGAAGUGUACGCUGACAGCGCAUCAGACAGCACGUCGGACGGCAGCGGCCGCGUUCCGCGACGGAGCGCGGACGCCGAGCCGCCCGUCCCGCCCGAGCCGCAGCGACGCAAGAGUGUGGAUGCGGGACAUAAUUUGCAGGCUUCUGUGUCUACUGGAGAUCUUACUUAUAGGGAGGAGCAAGCGCCAGCGCCAGAGCGUUUACCCGAGUGGGUGCCCGACAUCGCGGCGCCCGCCUGCAUGCGAUGUGCCGCACACUUCACCGCCUUUCGCCGCCGACAUCACUGCCGCAACUGUGGGAAAGUAUUCUGCGCAUCAUGUAGCUCAAACUCAAUUCCUUUACCCCGAUACGGGCAGUUGAAACCGGUUCGUGUCUGUGACGAGUGCUUUCGCUCCAUCGCCAGCCACUGCCGCCGGCCGCAGCCCUCGCAGUAUCGGUGAAAUAUUAUGAUAUACACGCUAGCUGUUUAUCGGCAGACUUAUAGAUGUCAGUGAGGUAAGCGUCAAUCGUAGAGAUAUGUAUUCUUUCAAAGUCAAAGUAUAUAAAAGCUCUUUCGAAACGUCAUACUGGUUGCACGGUUCUUUGCUGUGGAAAAAUAGUGUAUUGGUCUUACCGGUCACAGAGAGGACUUAAAAAGUAGUGAUGGUAAUUAGUCUGUCUUUUAGAUUAGCUGAAAUGUUGGAGAAAUUCAAGUUAGCUCCCACUUUUUGAUUCCAUUUUAAUAUUCGUGGCGUUGUAACGAGAAUGAUUCAAAUGGUGAACACGUCGCUGUUUGUCUCAGGAGAGCAUAAAUUAAAACUUAGAUGCCUUAGGGGCCUUGUGACGUCAUGGCUUAGUUCUACCUAUCACAAUUUUAACGUAUUUUAUCUUCGUUAUUUUUAGCUUGUGGGAAAAGAGGAAACGUGUAAUGGCUUUUGGCUAAUCUAGAAGACUGACUGUAGAAGACCUAAUUACGGUUUUCAUUUGUCGCACCUAUUGGAAUUUAAAAUCCAUUGUACCAGUAGUUAAUAGUUUCACCCUAUCAUAUAGUGAUUAGUACGAUCAACUGAAGUAUGUUUGUGAGCUAUCAACUAAAAAAAGUAAAUUCUCUUUCAUUAUUCACAUCUACAUUUCUGCGAACCUCAUACAAUUGACGCUUACGCUCUACCGACGGUUAAAGUUUGUUCAAGGCUAGUGUUGUUCAUGAACUUUCUAGUUGUUAUACUGUUGGAGUUAACCUUAUUUUUAAAAGUGGGUCAAAUUACGUCACAGUGGGUAUCUUUCUUUAGCAAACAGCAAAGAAUUUCACCCUUAGUUCGUUCUAAGAAUAUGUUCAUAUGGCGCUUCUUUGCGCAAAAUUGCGCAAACAUAUGGCUGGUAUGUAUGCGCAAUUUGGUAAUUGCGCAAAAAAGCAUCUUAUGGAUUAAUUUUGCAAAUUUCGUUUUCCGGAUUGCCAUUCUUCCAAUAACAUGACCACUAUAAAAACCAGGUUAGCACCAGAAAUAUAUAUUCUUAACUAUAAAGGUGAAUUUAUUCGUCUGAUUUGUUUUAUACUUAUAGCAAUUGUUUAUCAGACAGUGCAUGAUGGUUUAACAAAAUGCCAAAAUGUAUGUUGAUUUCAAGUAAAUUGUUAAAUUAAUUCUCCUUUGUAUUCGUCCAAAAAAUGUAUAUUUACGAUCAUCCACGUGAUAUUUGAAAUGUUAUUCCAAAAUACAUUUUAUUACCAUUAUAUAGGGCGUAUAUUUGAAUCGCAAGUAAGUUUCACUCAUUUUGUUUAUAUUAACGAGUAGAAAUAUUAAUUAUUUUGCUUAGUUUGACUUAUUUUUACUAUUUUGUAGUUAUUAUAAAUGAUAAUGUUUUAGUUUCGAUUCAAAUAUAUGCCGAUUAUAUUCCCCAAGUUUGUUGAUAGCGGUGUUUAAUAAAUAAAUAAAAAUAUGUAUAGUUUGUUUCAUAUUGACUGAUAAAAAUUUUCGUGUAAGGAAUUUCCAUAUUUUGUUAGGUAGCUCUCUAAAAUAUUAAUGUUGUUUGCUACGUGUUUUAUUGUAUAAGUUGUGUUGCUUGCAAGUAGCAAUAUGACGCGUACAUCAUUUUCUUAACGAUAUUAGUGAAUUUACCUAUCAUCACAAAACAAUUUUGAUAACUGUCUUCCUUUCUCAGAAUACAGGUUGUGUUUUUAUAUUUUCAAAAUUUUGUAGAGCAUAGAACUUAGUUAUUUCUCAAAAAGCUUAUAGUAAUUCAGGUAGUCUUGUAACAGUCUUCCUCAUUGCUCGUAUAUUUUAAGAACAUAAUUUGACCAUCACAAUCCGCCUCUGUUAUGUGUAUUUGUAAAUAAACAUGGCAUUUUAAUGUUUCAUAACUAGAUGUGUCAUUUUAUUCGCGUCUGCAAGCAACACAUCGACAUCGCCCCAAGAUAAAUAAUGGAAAUUGUUUCGUUUUAGACUAGUUAGGGACAUUCGAAAAAUAUAUUUUUAAGAAUACUAUUGUCUGAUUGAAUUGUUAGGUCAUUACUUUAUUUAGUACUCCGAAGUGUUGGGACAGAAACUUCGCGAAUAUCGACAUCGAUAUUCUGUCCCAACCCUGCGGCCUGCGAACCUAAUAUUAAUCUAUGACUUUAAAUAAAAAAUAAAACUUUAAAAAGAUUCCAUAAUUUUUAUAUCCAUCACUUUAGAUUUUUAAGCAUUCUUUUAAUGUUAAGGUAUAACGUUGAAUGUUUGUAAAUUUUGUAAAGCUAAUGAGUGUAUCCACGUACCCCAUAGAUUUUGUAUAUUGCAAAUGGUGAAUUAUGAUAGCUAUUUUCAAAAAAUGUUAUAAGUGAUAGGUAUGAUAUUUUAACGUGUAAAUAAAUUUCGUUAUUAGA